AUGGAACCUCUAGAUCCUAAUGAUCUGUCUGACACCUCGGAGCUCACGGAGCUGAGCUCCGCGCCCCCGUCACUGCGGUCAUCGCCUGAACGGUACCUGACGCCGUCAUCUCAGGACUCUGAGGAUUCGACGCGCCAAGACUGCCCGCCUCCCGCGAAGAAGCGGAGACGCAAUCCCCUGCCCAAAGAACGCACCACGCAGUAUCUGUAUCUGUCCAAGUCUUCCUAUGAGCAACCAGAUCAGGUGAAAUUGCUCGUCGACACUCUCCGCCACCAAAAGGACAUUGUCGCUAUCACCGGUGCGGGCAUCUCCACAUCGGCGGGUAUUCCCGAUUUCCGCUCCACCGAUGGUUUAUUUAAGUCUUUGCAGAAGAAGCACAACCUCAGGGCUUCUGGAAAGCUGCUGUUCGAUGCUGCUGUCUAUCAAGAUGAUGCCCUAACUGGCCCCUUCCAUGAAUUGGUGCGGUCGCUGUCGGUUGAGGCGGCCAAGUGCCAGCCUACCAAAUUUCACGAAAUGCUGGCCAGUCUCGGCAAGGAGAACCGGCUCAAGCGAUUGUAUACCCAGAACAUCGACGGCCUCGAAACUUCCAUGAAGCCCCUAGAGACCGAGAUCCCCCUCAGCGUCAAGGGUCGCUGGCCUGUCACAAUCCAACUCCACGGCAGUAUCACCAAGAUGGUCUGCCAAAAGUGUCGUUAUCUCAAGAACCUAGAUCCAGAGCAGUUCUGUGAAGCUGACCCGCCCGAUUGUGACGAAUGUGCGGACAACGACAAGGCUCGCUUUGUAGCUGGUCAACGGAGUCACGGCGUCGGGCGUAUGCGCCCGCGGAUCGUCCUCUAUAACGAACACAACCCCGACGAGGAGGCGAUCACCUCCGUCAUGAAUGCCGAUAUCAAGUCCCGCCCUCGCGUUCUAGUGGUUGCUGGUACGAGUUUGAAGAUUCCCGGUGUUCGACGUCUUGUAAAGAGUUUGUGUACGGUUAUUCGUAGCCGCAAGGACGGCGUGACUAUGUUUAUCAACAACGAGCCGCCCGCCGGCAAGGAGUUUGACAACUGUUUCGAUCUGAUUGUACAAGGUUCUACGGACGAGGUAGCCGAUCUAGUCAAGCUCAAGAGCUGGCAGGACCCGGAGCCAUACGCCAUGCCGCUGCCAGAGCCUGUCUUUGGAAUCAAGCCUGCCUCCGACGAGGAGCUCUCCGCAUCAGACUCCGAGCAGAAGGUGGCUGUGGUUAUCACCUCCACACCGAAGAAGCGUCCUCGCAGCGACACUGGCUUGAUGACACCUUCUUCCUCUCACGACGAGAAACCCGUGGUUAAGAAGCUCACCCAACGAAAGAUCAUCAACCCAGCCAGCAGCGGUAAGAGUAUCAACAGCUUACUCAAGAGUUCGGACAGCAAGCCGACCGCACCAGCCAAGGGUGGCCGCAAGCCUGCGGCGAAACCCGCCGUUCCCAGGAAGCGUGCUACCAAGCCCAAGACAGCACCUGCGGCUAUGAAGCCGAUUUCCUCCUUCGCCACCGUCAGCAAGGCAAACAAGGUCACCGUCACUGUCGACAAGAAUUCUGACCCGGCCAAGCUAACGCGCUCUCUGCCACUUGGUGCUGCUCGAGGCAAUGGCUCGGCCAAACCAGGUCCUCUCUUCCCUGGACUCAAAGCCGGCGUGGAAACACACCAAUUCGAGGAAGCCACCACCGGAUCUUCCUAAUCUUUACAUCUUCUUCGACUCUGAUCGACUUUUUAUUCUUCUUCCACCCUCUAUUUUUCUCAGCGUCAUCGGAUGCAUAAUGAAUGGCGCCCUGGUGUUGACCUUCUUCUCCCACCUUCGCUGUGGGGUUUUCCUUCUUAGACCGCUCUUUUCGUCCACCGGGACCAGCUGAGCGGUCCUUUUUUAUUUUACCAUUCAUCCGUCCUUCGCGAAGAUACCAACGAUAGACUACGGAUUAGUUGCAUGAGGUGGCGUUGGCGUUUUCAGUCUGGAGGUCACUUGACUUGUUUUAUUUAUGUUUACCGGGUGCAUUAGGUAGCCGUGGGAUGUUCUCAUGAUGUGCUGCUGUUGCUGUGGAGCUAGCAUAUCCUACUCAGGUGGUGCUUUUCUUCGGGCAUCGGGGUUGUGGGAGAUGCCUGUUCCUUUUUAUUGUAUGCAUUACGAGGUAGUCUUCGUCUGUGACAAUACAUGUGAGCUCGAAU